AUGAAUACCUCUGCUUAUGAUGUAUUAAAUCACGCUGAAAGGAAAAGUAUUCGACUUUGGGUUUUCAAGUUCAUCAAUGGGGAAGACGUUGAUUCUUUCGGUGUAUGUGUCGAAGGUUAUCGACCCAGCGAUGACACAGAGACUGUUCUGCGGAACUGGCACUCAACUGCCAUUGAGAGAAGGAUAACGUCGUCCUUAUUACAGACAAGUAGUGGGUCUGUCUACGAAUUACGUGGAACAAUAGAUAAGGAUCUUGCGCAUCACUAUGGAUAUCCUGCGGAGCUUGUUGAGUUAUUUAUGAAUGGCUUCCCAGAAAAUUGGAAGAGCAUAUUGAAGGAGUACUUUUAUGUUGUCAAGACGACGAAUCCGAUGAAUGCCUCAUACUACUUCAGUGCUAUGGCUCGCCGCAGAUCCUCAAAUUUUGUUCGUGGACAGAAUGUAUCUUCUAUAUGCGACUCAAAUAAAGAUGAUCGCCGGAGAGAACGCCUUUCAAUUCUUCCUGCUUCUACGUCGUUACCAGUCCCAAUUCCAGAAGAAGAUGAACAGAAAGAAAACAGUGUGCUUAAUUCGUCCUCUGCAUCUUUAAAAAAGACGCCCACACACGUUGAUGAAAGAAGUGAACGUCCAUCAAAUCGCCGAAGCUCUCGCUCAAGCCGAAUUCUUCCAUGUCCCUUUGCAGAUGAAACACCGAAGUCGGCACUUAAAAGUGACAAUCGCUCAUCAAUCCGCCGUAGUUCUCGUUUAAACGGAGGUCUUCCUAAUUCUCCUGUGGAUGAGACCCCCAGGUUAGCAGAUAAAACUAGCAGUCGCUCAUCAGUUCGACGUAGUUCUCGUUUAAACGGAGCUGUUUCCCGUUCCGGUGCGGAUGAAACUCCCAAGGCCGCAGAUGAAAGCAACAAUCAGUGUUCAAUUCGACGUAGUUCUCGCUUGAACAGAACUCUUCCUGAUUCUCCUACAGAUGAAGUUCCCGAAUCUGUACACAAAUCCAGCAAUCGCUCAUCAAUUAGACGUACUCGCUUAACUGAAAUUCUUCCUCAACCUCGUGCAAUUGAAGAACCCGAUCUUGCAAUCUGCGGUGUUAAUGCCAUCGUUUCCCGACUUUCUGCCCCAAAAGCUGAAACUGCAGCCGCUUUGAGGGAAAUUACCGCUUCCUCGGAAUCCUCGUAUAUUUUCGUUCCUCGUAUGAACAGUGAAACGUCUGCACUUCCGGGAUUUACUACCGAGGCAUCUCAAAACUUAGACCAGUUUCCAACAGUGGAAUCUCCUUUUUCGGUCAGUUCACCAUCACUAGAGCAGGAGACUUCUGCGGGGCCUGCCUUCGAGACACCUGGAUGUAACCGAGAAUCUAACAGGGAAGACAACAUCGAACGAAAUGACUACAAAAAUGCGAAGCAUUCUGAGCUUGCUGUCGUACCAGUAAGUUCUGUCGUUUGCAAGGUUUCUAUGGACGGGAUCUCCAAGGAUAUAGGGAAAGUUGAUGAUGCUGUUGAAUUACGCCGGUGGUCUAUUCGUUUUGCUCCUGUUGGAUGCGGUGGUCCUGAACUCGGCUUUCCGAAAUUUGUACUUCUUGGCGACAGGAUAGGUCAUGACACUCAGUGGCGCACCUCAGUCAUUGUACGCGUUGAAAGUGCUGAGAUUCUUCAUACUUCCUCUACAAAAUAUCGACUAGCAGGUGAUAUGAACGUGAUGGACUCCGCUUCCGCAGGGUUCCCAAAAAUGUUUGUGGCGAAAUUUCUUCGAGGAUUCCCGCCGGAUUGGAGAACACAGAUAACAAUCUUGUAUAACACCUUCUUCGGCAGUUUGGGGGUGAACGACCAUCUAAGAAAGAAUUUCGAUGAGAACAAGUCAACAGUUGUGUUCCCUCAGUCACCUACAAGAGAAGGUGCACAUGAUAAGGACCAAUGUCAUACUUCUCCUCAUGAUCAGAGUGCACAUUCUUUAAGUGCCGGUUGUUCGCGGACGCAGAAUUCGAAAAACAAAGGCUACGUUGCAGGACGUGGAGGAGAAAAUCGAGCAGACGUGCGUACAUCCCGAAGCGGGCGAUGUGUGCAUCCACCUCUUGCUCAGUGGGCUGGCCAACGAGUUCGAUAUGACGGGUACGGUAACGUCAUCGGUGUCCAAGAUGUUACUACUGCCACGAUACAUUCUAAAGGAGCAGCAGAGACAUUGGCUCUUUCCAACUAUUAUGGUGUAUCGCCUGCUCGACGAGCGAGACAGUCAGAAUCGUUUUUGGAGCCGCCUAGACUUGCAGUCGAUAGUGGACCGAAAAAGAUGCCAGCACAGAAAGCCCUGGUGACGUAUAGUGACAGUUCCAAUGAGGAAAACGAUAAACCCUAUAACAGACGGUUCAGACGAAUUUUGAAUGACAAAGACUCUACUCUUCGGAAUAGCCGCAGACGUCCCUACCAGCCUUUAAAGACUUACUCGGACGAAUCCGAGUUCGAAAGAGAGCUGAGAGCUGAACGUCGCUUAAUUUUGAAACAAGCGAAGGAACUACGAAGACAACAAGCAAAUUUACUUGAAAUGGAAAGACGCAUAGCAUUCCAUGAAGAGAAGUGGAGAAAGAAAAAGAUGAGAGAGAGGCGCCUCGAGGGCAGUAAUAUUGGUGGUCAUUAUUCACCCACAAGAUCAGAGGAGAGGCGACGUCAACACAGAAAACAAGUGAAAGAUGAAAAGCAACAAAUGGUCAAGAGAUAUUCCAAAUACGCAGAUGAGGAGGAUAGGUACUUGGAAGAGGAAAUCUUAGAAAGGCAACGAAGAGAAGAAGAGUGGGCUGAGGAAGACGAGCACCUCUCAGACUGUGAUUAUUCUGACGGAGAUGUUGACUGGCGUGAACCAGUACGCAAAAGAAGGAGGAAGUUGCGGAGAAUAAGGGAGCAGAUUUCUUCGGACGACAAUUCGCUUGAUAGCAAAGAAAGUGAGGAAGAAAGUGACGAACACAAUCGAAACAAGCCCAGAACAGAGAAACCGGGUGCGAAAAGGGAAAAGGGCUGGAAUAGAGCAGAAUUGGACAGACUAAAGUUGGCGCUUUCUGCUAUACAUGUUCGGACAGAUGAUGACUGGGAGAAAAUAGCACGUUCACUAGGUAAUGAUAGGAAUCCGGAGUCAUGCAAACAGGCAGCGAUAAAGCGUUUGAAAUGGGAGCCUUCGGCAAACUCUUGUGGUCCAGUGGAAGCUUCGGAGCCCAUAACGGCUCGAGCUGGGACUGUUGCUUUUCAGCAUCAAACCAAUGAAUACACAAGGAAAUACAUGAUGGGCGGAGGUGCUCAGGGAGAGGAUUUCUUCAGGAACAAUGAGACCACAAUGAAUGAUAGUAUGGUCAGACCUGAUGUAACCGAGUUCGGUGCAGACGAUUCGCUUCUGGAAGCUAUGCGCACUCCUGCUGGAGCAAUGGCUGAAAGAAAGGUGCCAAAUCGUCGACAGUUUCUAGCGGAAGCAAUAGAUGAUGAUACGCCCAUCAGCAGAAGAAGCAGUGGAAUUGCGAUGAUAACUCCGAGGGAUUCUGCGCAAAGGGAGCGACAAAAUCGUUAUUUUCACCAUCUCAUUAAUAAAGGAGCUCGCGGCGAUAUUUCCCGGAUGAACUUCUCACGAGCCGGUUGCUCUCGUUUUGAAAGAACUCGAACAGGAUUGGAUGAGAUUAAGGUGCAAAAAUUUGGAAGUCUCCAAGAGGACCUCGACUACGUGGCGAAAAUGACAAAGAAAGCAAGGAGGAACGCAGUUUUGGAGGAGGACUCAGACAAAGAUUUGGAAUUAGAGGAUGAAGAUGUGGAAGAACUUGAGAACAACAAAGGAGGUCCUGCGACGAUAUCUGCCAAAGUUCGGCGACUUGCAGAGGGUUUGAGUGUGAAGGGGGAAUUUGAGCAAAUGUUCAUUUACACUUCUGCAUGA